UGCAAGCGCCAUGCUCUACCAACUUUAGGUUUACUCUCAAACAAAUAAAUAGAAAUCAGAAAAAUAUAGAAUAGUUCUCCGUGUCACAAAUCACACAAUACACAUGAAACAUAGAUAGUCUAUAUUGUCCUGUAUGUGUCGAGAUCUCAGUUGUCUGGAAGAAGUCCCCUCUUGACGAACCAUUGCGAAUCAACCAUAAAAUUGCGCUCUCGCUGUUGCCCUUCACGUACAAUUAGUUAUAUAUUCAUACCCUAAUUACAUUAAUGUCAUGUGUUAAGUCCCCCCACAUAUAAAAAAAAAAAAAAAAGUUUUUCUUCUGAGGAAAGGUCUGACCUCACCCAUUCAUAUCAUCAACAUAAUCACUCCGGAGAGGUCUUGACUUAAAGUCCGCACAGCUCUAGGUAGUGUGUAUCGGGGAGAUCUGGGUUGCAUCUUCUGAAGAAAGACGCAUUUUUGUUACUCCUCUAAACCUUAAGGGGAGUUUUUAGCUUUUGGUCAGCGAGUGGUUCCUGGAAAACAUCUGAAUCGUUUUAUAACCAAACACAGCUGCCGCGCCAGUGUAUGUGUGUGUGCGUGACAGUGUGUAUGUGUGUGUUCAUCCGUAUGUGGAAGAGCGAGAGAGAGUGAGGUUAUCUGUUUGCUUCCCUUUCCAAAACGGAAAGAAAGAAAAAAGUUUGGACGUCUUUUUCUCCCAGGAACUUUUUUUAGGCAUGAACGCCGAGACGUGCGUCUCAUACUGCGAUAUGACAUCCAUGGAUUCAUAUUAUAGCCCCUCUGCACCGCAAGGUAGGGAUCAUCCGACGAACCCGUUUAGGACAUUCCAAGCGAGUGACACCAAAUACAGUCCCACUUUCCUGCCCAACAAAGGUCAGGCUUACGGAGAAAAGUCUCGGAGCCCAUUCCAACAGGAGUGCCAGUCAUUGGAUGCCACCGCUGGGGAAGGCACCUUUAACAAAUACCACCUCUUCAUGCAGAGGUCUUCUUGCAAAACCCCCCCUGAAGGAGGCAAACUGCACCAAGAAAGCGGACACAACGGAGCGCUCAUUCCCUGCUAUGGUAAAGACAGCUCAGGACUGACAGACUCUGACCUGACCCCGAACUCCGACCCCUCUGGGAUGGACGGCAGCUACCUGAGUGUGAAGGAUCAAGGCGUGAAGGGCCCGUCGGACCGACCGGGCUCGGACAUGGCCAGCCCCAUGGACAAGGGCGAGGGUGAGAGCAACAAGGGCAAGAAGAGGCGUAACCGCACCACGUUCACCAGCUACCAACUGGAGGAGCUGGAGAAGGUCUUCCAGAAGACCCACUACCCUGAUGUGUACGCCCGCGAGCAACUGGCCCUCAGGACUGACCUGACUGAAGCCCGUGUACAGGUGUGGUUCCAGAAUCGCCGAGCCAAAUGGAGGAAGAGGGAGCGCUUUGGUCAGAUGCAGCAAGUCAGGACACACUUCUCCACGGCGUACGAGCUGCCUCUUCUAGCCAGACCUGAGAACUAUGCACAGAUCCAGAACCCAUCAUGGAUUGGUGGCGGCAGCGGAGCGUCUCCUGUACCAGGCUGCGUAGUGCCCUGUGACACAGUCACGUCCUGUAUGACCCCUCACCCUCACUCCGGCAGCGGCGUAUCUGACUUCCUGGGCGUCCCGAACCCUGGGGGUCACAUGGGACAGACGCACAUGGGCAGCCUGUUUGGGGGUCCUGGCAUGGGGUCAGGGAUCAACGGGUACGAUUUGAACAGCAUGGACCCGGACCGCAAGUCCUCCAGCAUCGCCGCCUUGCGCAUGAAGGCCAAGGAGCACAGUGCAGCCAUCUCCUGGGCAACAUGAUGCCUCAACAGCAGCAGGACGGGCCUCUGGGAACCCCACCACGUCCAAACCAAGCCAAAGCAGAUAGGGGAGGCAGUCUGUGCUACUAUAACAGAAAUAUUGAUAAUCUAAAAUACUAAUGAUGAUAAAAGCCAUAGCAAAUUGCUGAAGAGGAGAGAAAGGAGAUCUGGACAAUGGACUUCUUUACUUUGUGUCUCUGAUGGGAGAGACCAGUGGACAUCAGAGAUGAACAACAUUCAGUCAGUCAAUCAGUUCAGUCAGUCAAAGCAUGAGGUGAGAGGCAGGAAAUCGAGAAUCCUUCAAGAGACAAAUUAAUUGGUUGCUUGUUGGAAACAAUGUGCUGGUUAUACAGUAAUUAUAAACUAAAACACAACAAAAAGAACAAAAAUAGCUGAAUAGAUUUGAACCAAUCCCUGCACUUAUUCAGUUAAUACAGGUAAUGCUGUUUGUACAGAUCUUGAGAUGCGACCGCUAACACACCUGCUAUUGAGUGUCAAUAUAGCUUUUUCUGUUCAGGUGUUGUUAUACUUUCUUGUUUUCCGGUAUUUAAAUUUUAAGUGUGUAUUUUUAAAAUUCUUUUUGAUCCUGGUUUUAUCACAGAAUCCCUCGUCCCUUUCUGUCAGACCGUUUGCAAAUGUAACUAUUCUCUCCACAUAAACUGCAAACUGAUAUUCACAUAUUUACAUACAUUUGGCCUGAUUUGGGUCUGUGUGUACAUUUGGGUUUCCUUAGGUCAUUUUGGUCAGCAUUACUUCAAGGAGAGGGGUGUAGGUAACGGUCAAGCCCAAAGCCGAUCCACCUCUGUCAGACUAACUGAAAGAAUGCUGGUAAAAUCAGUCAUAUUCUUCAGUUUCGGAAAGAGGUAAACCAUUUCAAAGGUAGCUAACUGUUUCUGGUUUGCAUGGUCAGCACUAGCAUACUUUAGGUUGGUGCCACCUUCCAACAUUUAAAUGGGACGGGGACAAGGAAGUGGUGUGUGUGAGUGUGAGAGAGGGGCACAGCAGGCCUGCUGGGUCGGGGGCUACAGGGCCUGGGAGCACCAGACAGGCUCAGCUCUGUUUGCAGGAGGAGAUUCAAAGUGGACAUGCCAUUUCCUCCCUUGGCAUUUCCUCACCUCGCAUUUCCACCUAGGGAGUUACAGGAAAAGUGCCCUCCAGUCCCAUUGCCAGAAAUAACACCCAGCGGCAGCCUUGAACAGCAGAGAGGCAGUGUAGAUUAUACAGACAGUUUCUGAGGGGGAUAAUAAGAUGCUGACUAAGGAUGUCAAUGUUGACCACUGUCUCUUUUCAUGCAAAGCCUCACUUUGACUGUCAGCUGAGCUGACAGGUCUAUAGUGGGAUGGUAUUCUCAGAGGAGAACCUUUCGUGCUUUUGUUAGAAGUAUUACUUUCUCUCCACACAAAAUAAGCCGUCGGUCAGUUUUAUACCAGGAACCCCAGGUUUCUUUCCACUUGGAGGAGACUUGUGAAGUGAAUCCGUGUGAAACAGUUUGUUGAGGCAGAGGAGGGCUGUGAAUUGGCUGCAGGUCAUGAAGGACUUGGGGGAACGUGUACUGUACAACUUUAUUCCAUCUCUCACUCACUGUUUAUUUUCCUCUUGGAGAGCGCCAUCAGCAGGCACUUAGCAGCUCCACUCUGUUCCAAAACCAAUGUGCUCUUAUGCAUCUCUCAGUCCCAGAUGCAAUGUAUGGCCAUACGCUGUUAGAGACACAUGUAAGUUCAGUGCUGAAUUUCCUGACAGUGUGUAAAGGAUGUGGAGAGGCUGCGUCCCAUGAGAGAGGUGUCAGAGCAGCAGGCUGUGAAAAAGACUGGAUAGCACUCUAGCACAGAGCUGUGAAACAGCUAAGCAUCUAGCAGCCAUGUACAUCUGCCCUGCCAACCCAGUGCAAUUCAUUCUGUUCUCAAGACGUUAUUGCCAUGUUUGCAUCAACAUGAUUACUUUACUAAUGAUAGUAGACAUAUGUUGUUAGAAAUUCCUCAUUCUCCGCGGCCUGCUGUCCUCCUGACAGCUUUAGCAUGACGACUUGGGUUGAGCAGGCUGAAUUUUGAGCCCGGCAUCAUUAACUUUUAGGCAUGGGGUCUAGCCGGACCCUUUC